AAGCAUUGAUAGCCGUCAGAGAACAGGCAGGUGAAGCAGAGAGCAUCGUUCGGUGAAUUCUGAGAUUUCUGAAAAAGAAAGUUUGUUAGGAGGAGUCUCUUCAACGGCGUCAUAACUUAUUUUGAAGCGGACAAAGUCUGGACCAUAUUUAAACCUCGACUUCACAAAGCAUUUCAGACGACUCCACACCAGGACCGGCUGUUGCUGCCAAAGCGUCGGUGUCAGAAUGUGUUCAGGGGGCUUCGCCAAAUGUCUGGGCAUCAGCCUGAUGCCUCUGGCGAUAGUGUGCGUCCUGUGCAACAUCCUGCUCUUCUUCCCCGGUGGGAAAGUCGUGGAUAGUGAACACAUCACAGAGAAGGUUUGGUUCAUGGGGGGCAUCCUGGGAUCAGGCGUGCUGAUGAUCUUCCCAGCUCUGGUCUUCCUCGGUCUGAAGAACAACGACUGCUGCGGCUGCUGUGGAAACGAAAGCUGUGGGCGCAGAUUUGCGAUGCUGAGCUCUAUACUGUUUGCAGCUGUUGGUGUGUUGGGUGCAGGUUACUCAGUCAUAGUCUCCAGUGUGGCCAUCAACCAGGGACCACUGUGUUUUGUUAACGGUACCGGGGUCAACGAAACCGGAUGGAUGUAUCCCUUCUCAGAAGGGAACUACCUGUCUGACAAAUCUCUCUGGAGUAAAUGCGAAGAGCCAGCGGGUGUGGUAUCCUGGCACCUGUCUCUCUUCUCGGUGCUGCUGGUGAUGGGCAUAAUCCAGAUCGCGCUGUGUGCCGUGCAGGUGAUAAACGGCCUGAUGGGAGCUCUGUGUGGAGACUGCUGUGGCUGCUGUGGAGGGAGCGACGGAGCUGUAUAAGCACCUCCUGUGGAUGAAACAGAUGGCUGUAUCAUAUUUAUCCUCCUUCCUGAGGGUGACUGUUAUGCACUAAUCUAACCGCUGUAUAAAUACAUUUCUGGAAAGGAGCUCAAUGAUUACAGUGCAUUAUCUGAAAACACUGCAGAAAUGACAGAGCUCCUUGUAGGUUUUUAAAUUUACUUUCUGGCAAACUACUAUGACUAUGCAUCAUUAUUACCGUUAUUAUAAAUACAAAGGUUAAUCAGCUAUAUCAUGUAUUUAACAAUUUUCUACCUGAUGUAUGUAUUUAUUUCAUUUCAUGGCUUUUGUGUUAAUUUUUUUUCCUUCCAGUUUAUCGUUUGGUGUCUCACAUAAAUAUAGUUUAUGCUUUAUCAAGCAGCAUGAUUGCCCCCUUGUGGGCUACAUACUGUAUAUUCACCAGAGAUUUUAUUGUACUAUACCAAAGAAAUUAAUAAAGAAGAAGGAUUUUUUUU